AUGGACUCCGUCAAGGGUGCCUCGACGGCUCUUACUCGCAAGAGAGACGAUACCGACUUGAUGCCCCCGCCUCCACCAUCGAAACGGAUAAAGAGACCAAAGAAAGUCAUCGACGAAGACAGCUACACAGACGCCUUAUCGCAGAUCAUUGCCAGGGAUUUCUUCCCGGGACUAUUGGAGAGCGAGACUCAGCAGGAGUACCUUGAUGCCGUUGCAUCGAAAGACCCGGCGUGGAUUUCAAGCGCCGGUCGACGCCUCCAGCAUGUCAUGACUCCUGGGCGCAAGAGAUCGAGGAGGGGGACAUUGUUGCCUCCCGGGGCGCAAACACCACGCAGCUUCGCCGGCGAUACCCCCGUGUCUGUUACUGCCAUAUCCGCUUCAUCUGCCACCGAGGAAAAGUCCGAGAUCGACACCAACAUGAGCCUGGGUACAUUCCAAUCCAAGUACACGAGCGAGGACAAUGAGAGCUUCUACAAGCUCCUGGACAAGCAGAAUUCCAAGCAAGCCGAGAAAUAUGCAUGGCUAUGGUCAGGAAACAAGCUACCGUCAAAGAUGCAAUUGAAGCAGGAGCAGAUAGAGGCGAAACUCAUGGAGAGUCAAAGCCUGACGGACGAUGGAUUUGAGAAGGACAGGCUAGCGAUCAAGGACAAGGACGAGAGACCGGCCCAGCCUGACACAUGGAAAGCUCUACCGAACAACGCACUGAUGUUCAACCCCGAAGGUGUGGAGGAUUUGAUGGAAACCAGGCUCCAGAAGGCCGAGGCGGAAUCUCGAGCAGCCCCGAAGGCAGUCAACUAUCAGAACACCAGACUGCCGGCUCCAAAAAUCACGGAUGAUGAGUCUGUUCCCUCGUCGCCGUCACUAUCCGCCGUCCGGGAUGCCAUCGCUGAGAGGAGACACGCAAGCGACGCAGGGUCGACUACAGCGGGAAGCGAAACCCCGAGGGUCAACGGCUAUGCGUUUGUGGACGACGAAGAGCCCGAGUACGAGCAGGCGCCAGCCCCUCAGAUCGAUUUGGGUCCUGGCGAUGCGACACCUAAUCCCUUCAUCAUCAAGGAGCAAAGCAAGAGAGAGGCACUCCAUCAUCGCAUGGUCGAUCGGAUAUCCCAGUCCAACAGGAUGUCCUCCAAACUGGGUAUGACCGGCAAGGUCGAUCAGACGCCUGUUCCAAAGUUUCCAAGUAGCCCUCGCGUUACGGGAGGACUGACACCAGCAGCGCGACGUCUUUGGACCAAGAUAGGAGGAAGUCCGGGAGGCACACCCCGGACUCCGUUCGGGCAGAAUACACCAGCAAGAACCAAAGGCUCCAGGCUGAAGCAAGUAUCGAAAUGA